CCCUUAGUUAUUAUAAAAGCGACGAAGAGCCACAGUUCGUCACCUCUUCAACAAAAUGAUUAAACGAAGUUAUAGUUUUGAAGAUGCUUUGGCAUUGACGGGAUUCGGUAAAUUUAAUUAUAUUUUGAUUUUUCUGUCCGGAUCGAUACUGGGAGCAUCGUACGUGGAUAUUGGCGGUGUAAAUCUGAUACUUGCCAUUUCACAAUGCGAACUGGAACUGACCAACGUACACAAAGGGAUUCUUAGUUCGAUUGGCUACCUUGGCAUCAUUCUGUCGUCGCAUUUGUGGGGCUAUUUAGCCGAUACCAAAGGCCGGAAGAGAAUCAUGGUGCCAGCACUGCUAAUGUCUUUCAUCUUUACUGUUAUAUCAAGCACAGCCACAUCGUUUUGGGUUUUGGUGUUGUUCAGAUUUCUUCAAGGAAUUUGCAUUUGUGCGCCUCAGUCGAUAAUAUACGCAUUCUUGGGAGAAUUUCAUUGUGCUAAAAAUCGAGCUCGUGUUCUUCUCGUUGCAUCAGUUGUUUAUUCAAUAACGUGUCUUCAGUCACCCGUCUUUGGCGUCACUAUACUUAAUCAAGUGUGGAGUUUUCAUAUUCCAGUCAUCAACCUUAUAUUCCGCCCGUGGCGAUUGUUUUUGCUGCUAUGUGGAUUAUCUAGCGUUCUCUGUGCCAUAGUUAUGUUAAUUUAUAUACCUGAAUCUCCAAAGUACACAUUCGCCCAAGGGGAUGAGGAGAAAACCUUGUUAAUAUUGCAGACAAUGUUUGUACGUAACACAGGAAAAUCCGCUAGCGAAUAUGAGGUAAAAAGUAUCGAGAAAGAUAAGGAGUUUGUGGAAAGUGUAGUGCAACAUUCCAAUUUCUUCAAAUUUAUGUGGACGCAAACUGUUCCGUUAUUUAAACGUCCCCACCUGCGGAACACAUUAACCGCAUGUUUUCUUCAAUUCACGAUAUGCAUCACAAGCAACGGAUUCUACACAUUUUUCCCGGAGAUUCUUAACAAAGUUUACUUGUGGCUUGAUGGUGAUCCGAUGCAUGUGACAUCAACAGUUUGUCAAAUAAUUGACCACUACGGACUACGAUCAAAUUCAAGUGAAAUGGCCACAUGUCUUACUAAAUUGGAACCAAGCACUUUCGUUAACGUCACCAUAGUUAUUUUAUUGCAUUUGGUUGGCUGGUCGGUCAUUGCAGUGAUUAUCAACCGGACGGGAAAGUUAAUCAUCAUAGUGUUCAUUAUGUUUGGCGGUGCAACGUGUUCUCUUUUGUUGGUAUUUAUCGAAAUACCCAUGGUGUCCGUAUAUUUGUACACUCUUCUGUUAGCUACCGGAAUGAAUAUGUCUGUCGUCAAUUCGUCAACGGUUGAGCUAUUUCCCACUUCGUUGAGAGCAACAGCAAUUUCUAUAUCUAUGAUGACUGGGCGACUUGGCAGCAUUGUCGGUUCGAAUGUUGUUGGCUUAGCGUUAAACAACUUCUGUAAAUACACAUGGUUGAUACCGGCUGCAUUUCUUACAGCCAGUGGUUGCUUAGCGUUCACAAUUCCAAAUAUUAACAAACGAAACAAAUAAACCCACGUGGAAGUAUUAUACACCUCGAAUGGUUAUCGUCGUUCAUGCAAACAACUGAGUGUCCCAUAAAUAUAUUUUGCUGUUACGAGAUAACACCUUUAAUAUUGGUCUCGUUUUAUACAAUGAUAACAUUUAACACAAAAUUAAAAUAAAUUAUAAGCUGGCAAAGCAGGGUGUUCCUGCACGAUAUGU